CCCCGCUUCCGCUCACUCUACACAUACGACCACGAACAAGCUGAAAUGGCGUCAAUGGUGACCACGGGAUUUGUUCUCAAGCUCGCGGCAGACCUCAGUGUCAUUCCGUCCAUCUACAUUAUGCAACGCAACAAGCGGCAUUUUGAACUGUUCAUCGGGCUACUGCACGUCUUUGUCGCUGUCUGCUUCAAUUGCGCGCAGCUCACGACAACGAACGAGCUCUUCCUCACAGUCGUGCAGUGGCACGCGAUGCUCGAGGUGCUCUACGUCUCGUUCCUGUACUUGCUCUGCGUCCACUUGCUCGCACUACCGUACGAAAACGUCAACAUUACGCUCCGGUACCUCGGCUUCGCGCUCGCGUGGAUCGUCAAGGUCAAGGACGGCCAGUUCCGCCACACGCACUCGCUCCUCCUCGUGGCCGUGGCGUUCUCGGCCGUCGUGCUGCGUCGGCUCGUGGUCCCGGGCGCGCGCAUGCUACCAUUGCACCGCACCGAAGCGAUGGUGGCGGCGCUGCUGGCGGCGUUUUGCACGGCCGUCUUUUUUCUGCACCCCAGUCUGCCCAUCGCUCCGACCAACAUCGAGAGCCUCUUUUAUAUCUGCCUCGGCGGCUUCUUCUUCGCGGGCUGGAAGAGCGUGCCGCCGCCCGAGCUCGCCAGUAAGAAGUUUGACGACUGCGACAUUGUGUUUAGCGAGUACAACUAACAAAGUAAGUUGUCGUCUUGAUCCUUUGCUAGCGCGAGACACACGGAUGCAC